ACACCGAACGACGUACUCACCUCUCGGAUUAAAUGCACAAUCAAACGAUACCAAUAUAUACUAUCUUGUAUUAGGUGAUUCGUUUGCACGUGGUGUUUUUAAACUGAAAGACAACAAAACACCUCAUGCGUAUUCUUAUGCAGACGCUUUAUAUGAACGGCUCAAGGAGACAAAUCCAAAUCUUGUACUCAAAAAAUUUGCGCGUGGUGGUCAAACCACUGAAACUCUUAUUAGUGAUCAGUUAAAAAGAGCUACAAAGUUUAUGAAACGUAAUAGUGGGUUAAUAAAACUUAUUACAAUUACUAUCGGUACAAAUGAAUUUUCAGGCUGUACUUCCAAAUGUAACAAUAGGCUUCAUAAAAUAGUGUAUAACUUAAACAAUAAGAUAAUUCCCAUGUUAAAGAAAGCAGGAGGUGAAGGUGUACAAUAUUGGGCUACUACUUAUCAUAAUAUACGCUUAAAUUCUAAUCCAUUAGAUGAUAGUUUAAUUAAAGUUUACAACGAGAAUGGGGUCAAAGUAGUGGAUAUGAGAAAAAUUAUUACAAACGAAACAGCGUGCAGUUAUACUUACGCAUGCGACUAUCAUGAUAAACAUCCAAAUAUAAAUGGUAGCCAUGCAAUUGCUGAUGUGAUAUACAAUAAUUUAACUUUGCCACUAUAA